UAUGAUUUUAAUAAUAUUUGAUCAUAUAACUGAAAGCUGGCUAGUACUGGAUAUUAGGAAUUAGAAUAGUCUAAUACUCUGAUAGUGUUGUAGUAGUGUACUAUUCUAUAAUUCUAGCAAUUACGAAUUUAAGUUCAAUUUUCUAUUCUGUAUUUAUCUAAUUGUUUGUUAUCUUUAAUUCUAUUUCAUUUUACAUCUAAUAAUAACUUAAAUCGCCUGCAAUUAAAAUAAUAAUAAUACAACACGCAAAUGAACUUCAUUCUCUCUGCACUGAAUCAAAUCUUUGAAUCAUAAUAUUAUAACUGAUCUUUGAUUUUACUAUGAGUUUGUAGUACGGUCAUUAUUUGUCACACCUUUGCUGUGUACCUUAUUGAAUAGCUUUCAGAUCAGGCGAAGUGAAUAUUUUUAUCAAACUCUUAGAAGAGCUGUGCAUUUUUUGUAUGAGACACACAGCCUACGGAUUUAAUACUUUCUAUCUUAAUUUCAUGAAUUACCUAUUUAUAUUUUACUCAAAUCUAAAAUAAAUUGAACUAUAAGAUACUUUUGAACCCAGUCUUUACUUUAAAACUGAUAUAAUAAAAUUAUAAUUAAAUAUUUAUUUUCUCCAUCCACCAAAAUAAUUUUAAUUACCUACUAAAAUCUCAUAACUUAUUACUUAUUACUGAUUUGGCUCGGUGAAGUAUAAACAUUAAAUCUUAUCAUCUACUCCUAGCUUACAAUUUUUACUAAUUUAAAUUUCCAAUACUUGUUAAUUUACUAAAUUAAAACAUACCCUGCUAUUCCCUUGCAAUUGUUACGUACUUAGUACUCACUAUAAAUAAAUUAACGUUUUUAUUAUAAUUUUUAUUAGUAAAUAAACAUUGCUCGAAAAUGGACAUCACGCAUAAUUUAGAUGGUGGAGUCUUGAAAGAGGUAUUAAUACAUGGCAAUGGAACAGAUAAGCCACAUAAAGGUUGUAAGGCUUGGGUUCAUUACACUGGUACACUUUCUGAUGGCACUGUAUUUGACAAAACUAAUGAUGAACCAUUUCAGUUUACAAUAGGAAAAGAUAUGACUAUUAAAGGUUUUGACUUGGCUGUGUCUUCAAUGACUUGUGAUGAGAGAUCAACAUUUCAAUGCCAUCCAAAUUAUGGCUAUGGGUUAGAUGGUUUUGAACAAAUAAUCCCCCCUAACGCUUGGCUUACAUUUGAGAUACACUUACUGAAAUGGACAUGGGAAGAUAUCAGUCGUCGUAAAGAUAAAAGUAUAACAAGACAAAUAUUAGAAAAUGGAGUGGACCAUUCUACACCUAGUAGUGUUUCGCUAGUUAAUAUUCAUUUAGAAAAAGAAAAAAAUGGUAGUGUUAUUGAAGAAAGAGAUAUUGAGUUUAGAUUAGGAGAAGGCAAAGACUAUGAUGUUUGUCCUGGUAUAGAGAUAGCAUUAACUAAAUUUAAAACAAAAGAGAAAUCAAGAUUAUUUAUUCAUGGAAAACAUACGUUUUUGGAAUAUGGAGAAGAUGAUUUCAAUGAAGUUUAUGUCAUCAAACUUAACUUUUUUGAAAAGUUUGAAGAAAGUUGGUCAUUGACAAGUGAAGAUCGUAUAAAUCAAGCAAAAUUUUUCAAACAAAAAGGAACCGAUUACUUUAAAAUGAAUAAUUAUAAACUAGCACUUAAAUUCUAUAAGAAAGUGGUAGACUAUUUAAAAGUGGAUAUUUCAAGCAAUGAAAGUCAAAAGCAAGAAAUCAAAUUUCUUUCAGUUUCAUCCUAUUUGAAUUCUGCUUUAUGUAAUUUAAAAUCACAUAGACACACUCAAGCAAAAAAUGAUUGUGAUAAUGCAUUAAAACUUGAACCUACAAAUGUCAAAGCAAUGUUUAGAAAAGGAGAGGCUUUGGUAGGUUUACAUGAACUAAUAGCUGCAAAACAAAGUUUUGAAGCUGUUUUACAACAAGAACCAAAUAAUCGUGCAGCUAUGACAAAAAUAAUUGAAUGUGAUAAAAAACUAAAAUCGCAAAAAAAGUUAGAAAAAUCUGUUUAUUCAAAUAUGUUUGAGAAAUUUGCCAAAAGAGAUACUGAAAAAGAAGAAGAAUUUCUAAGUCAACAACCUGAUGUUAUGAACACACUUGGAGAAUGGGGAGAUGAUGAACGGGAACGAGCUCCUACUGAAUUUGAAAAAGAAAAUCCUAAUAUAUUGAUGUUAAACACAACAGGCUAUUUCAAAAAUAUGUAAUAUAUUAAUUCUAUGAUAGGUUAUUUUGAUUGUUAUGAUUAAAUGGAUAAAACAUAUAACACAGAAAUAAGACAAUUGUAUAACUAAUAUAUUUGUUCAAAGUUACAAUUUUUAUGUUAGUUAAAUGUAUUCCAUAUUUUUGUUUGUUAGUUAAAUGAUUCAUAUUUCAUAUUUCUUAUGUUUUUCAAAAUAAUAAUUUUACAGUAAAAAAUUCAUAGUAUAAUAUUUAAAAACAAUUUUUUUUUCUUGGUAGUUUCACUUUGUAUUUGAAAGCAAUAUAUUUUGUUAGGCGUAUCAACUUGUUAAAUUGUUUUCUUUUUCAUUCAGUAACCAAUGCCAAAAGAAUUAGAAUACGGUGAAUGUUUAAUUCCAAACGAAUGUGCUUGGGACAAAUCGACUUGAACCUGAAAUAAUAAGAUUACACUGUUGUAAAUAUUUGUAUAUAAACAUAAGUAUAUCCAAACGUUUACUAUUUAGCUGAGAUAACUUUUUUUUAGACAUAAAUGUCAUUUUAAAAUAUUAUGUGAGUAACUCUCAAGACCCAUUCCGUUAACGCAUAUCUCAGAUCGAAUUAAUUUACCAACCUGCUGAAGUUUUUUUGUUACAGUAGAUUGGUUAAACAUUAAUAAUCUUAAAAACAGGAUUUUACAUUUCACAUAUCAUGUAAGGAAAUACCACAAUGAUGUGUUAAUGAGUGAAAUUAAAUAAUUUUAAAUUCUGUUAGCUUAGCAGAUUGAUAUAUUCAUUUUUUUGUUUUGUGUGAUUGUAUAUAUUUUAAUUAUUUAUUAUGCGACCAUGGACAUAAUCGUAGAACUUUUACUAAAAUCUGUCAUAUUUUAUUUAACCUAAUGUUUUGAGUGCCUAGUUCUGCUUAUUAUUAUGCCAUGAACACAACUAGUUUUUUAUUUGUGACUACUGUAUCUUUCAUUACUAAUUACUUAACACUGUGAGAUUUAAUUUAUUUUAUAAUUUGUGCUUUCUAUGUGUAUAGCAAAAGUGUAUUUUUUAAAUAAUCAUAAUCUAGUCAAAUUGUGCAUAUACUAGACAUUCGAAUUUGUCUUAAGUGCUUUUACAUUAUACAAAUUACUGUGAAGUGUUUAUGCUGUACGCACUGACCUAAUCUUGUUCAUAUAUUAUUCCUUCAUACUGCGAAUGUCUUAUACCAAAAGAAUAUGAUGGUACAGACGAUUUUAACAUUGUCACCUAAAAUGUUUCACUCAUUAGUUUAAGAAUAUUAUGUACAUAUUAGUGAAUAUUGACUCGUAUUGUUUAUGUUUUCUAUGUUUCAUAUAUAUUUUAUUCAUGUGUGUGAUUGUGUAAUAAAUAAAUAGUCAAAUUCUCAAAUUUA